UUUUACGAUUCCGGGUUAGGUGACGAAUAGUUUCAAUAUUAAUUUUAUAAUAUACUGAUGAAUGAUAUAAAAUGACUGGUUAGAACUUAUAAAAUUGUAUGAAAAUUUAAAGGAUUUCUUAGGAAUUCAAGAGUAUCUGGUAAAAUACAUAGUGGAAAAUGUCAGAAGAAGAUAGUACGAAAAAGAAUCGUGGGUUAUGCGGCUUAUGUGAGAAAAAUGAAAGCAAGUAUUGUUGUCCACGUUGUGAAGUAUUUUACUGCUCCCUUGACUGUUAUAAAUCAAAUAGACAUUUAGAAUGCUCAGAAAACUUUUACAAAGAGUGUGUAAGAAAAGAAUUAGCUUUGAAUACAGUUGAUGAUGACUCCAAAAGUAAAAUGAUGGAAAUCUUAAAUAGAAUGCAAAAUGAGGAUCUGGAACCAGAAGAAGAAAACCUAGACUCUGAUGAUGAUAAUGAAAUAGAUUUACCCACCAGACUACAGAAUAUUAAUCUAGAUGAUGCAGAUUCUUUAUGGAGUGCAUUAACUAAUGAUGAACGCAAUGAAUUUCAAUCAUUAUUAAAUGGAAGUACUGUAGGAGAUAUUGUGCCUCAUUGGGAGCCCUGGUGGACGUAUAGAAAAGAAAAGAAAUUAGUUGAAGAUCUGCAGCAACCAAAUAAUGAGGAAGAGAUCUUAAACAAGUGUCCUAUUAUUAAAGUAGUUCCUAAAUUCAGUUCAUUAACAAAUAUUAAACCGGCUCCAUCUAUUAGAGUUAAUAUAAUUAAUGUCCUUUCUGCAUAUUCAUUUGUUGUGCGGUAUUUCAAUGGUGAGGUUGAACCAGUGGAGGCUGUGACAUGUAUAUUAAAUAUAUGCGACAGUUUAAACAGCAAUAGCAACUUUGAUGAACCUGACUUAGCCGUGGAAGCAGUGUCACAGAAAUGUUUACAGAGUGGUCUUAUUGAAACAGAUGAAGAAAGUCUUGAAAUUAUGCGUCAUGACACAUUUUUGUUAUAUCAAGGACCAAAUGAAGAAAAUUCACUUUUUUACACAAAAUCAGCACUUUCUGAUUUGAUUGACAUUUUCUCUAAUGCAAAAUCCAAGUCUAAAAUCAAGGCAGAAGCAAGAAGUAAAGGAGAUUUUACAAGAAAGUUUCCCGAGCAUGAUAAUAGUCAUCUCCCUUCAUUAGAUAUAAGUAAAGUUAAAAAAUGUAUAAAAAAGUUAGAAUUUUAUUUAUCAUUUUUAAAUACAUGUGAUAAAUAAUU